AUGGCCAAGUUGCUCCUUGUGAUUGUCGGUGUGGCGGCCUUUGUGGCGGCGGGACAGGCGGCAGCUGGCAUCGGAUCCACCGAGCAACUGCAGCGGCUUAUUGCCGAGGAGCAGAGCAAGUGCGCCAGCGGACAAGAUUCGAUGGCCUGCAUCAAAGAGCGUGCCAUGCGCUUUGUGGACAAUGUGAUGAGCAAAGAUAGCUACCAGGUCUCCAAUCUGGAGGUGCAUUCCAAUGGCCAAAAGUCAGCACCCAUUAGCGAAGCUCGUGCCAGCAGUGCCGAUGGUUUCAUUGAUGCCAUUGAGAACUAUAUUAGGGGACAUGAUGUUAGCAUGAACUUGCCCUUGGCCGAUGCCAAGGUCACCGUCUCGGCCCGUAACCUGGCCAACAAUCAGCUGAGUUUGAACCUUCAGUUGAACGGCGAUGAAGGCAAUGAUGAUGCCACCGAUAUCGAAGCCAGGGGUAAGAAGGGCAACAUCUUCAAGAAGGGCAAGAAGCAUCGUCUCCGCAAGCUGGCUAUGCCCAUCCUGGUGCUCAUCCUGCUGAAGGCCAUCACUGUCAUUCCCAUGGCCAUUGGCAUACUGAAGAUCAAGGCCUUCAAUGCUCUGGCUUUGGGUUUCUUCUCCUUCAUUGUCUCGGUUGGUUUGGCCAUUUUCCAAUUGUGCAAAAAGAUUGCUCAUGAUCACCAUCACACCGCUCACAUCACUGCCCAUGGACCUUGGGAUGGUCGCAACUUUGGCUCUGUUUCCGUCCCCGUUGUGGAUCAGCCCCAGAAGUUGGCCCAGAACCUGGCCUAUAAGGCCUACGCCUAA